AGAGAUGUUACAGAAGGAACAGUCAUUCUCUUCACUGCCAGGCUUCAUAACACAAGCUGCACUGGCUGUGAAUUAAAGAUGGCCUUGUUUUCAAUGUCUUUAUAUUCUUUAUUUAUUUUAGUUUUUCUGCAUGUUCAUGGUGUAUGGAGUGAUACUGCUUCCUCACAGAUAAACUGUGCAUCUGGAAGUGAUAUCCAAGUCGGGAGCUUCCAGGAGGGAUAUGUAGGAGAUGUAGAAGUUAUCACUAAUAUCGGACCUGAUGAUCGUCUGGUGUUGGGGAUUCAUAUCUUUCCUAUUGGUUUGGAAUUUCUGGACAUGAUUUACUCUGAUGGAGACCCAACCGCUAUUAUACGGACCAAAAAACCCCUGGAUGCUGAUGAACUAAAGGAGAAUGGAGAGAAAUUAUAUUAUUCAGUCAACUGCUCAAACACAGGGCUGAGAAACAUCCGAACAUUAGACGUUCAGGACGUCAAUGACAACCCUCCGAUCUUCCAGAGCAAAACAUACAGCGCCACAGUGUCAGAGACGAAGAGUGUGGGAUCAGAUGUGCUCAGGGUGAUAGCUGCAGAUGCAGAUGUGUCUCCAGAAAACAACAGAAUUACAUAUUCUAUACUCCCUCCAGUACCGGAUGAAUUUGAAGUGAGACAGGACGGUAACAUCCAGCUAAAACAACGUCUGAACUACAACAAUGUUCAACAAUACACCUUCACUGUGGAAGCCAAAGAUAUAGGAGAACUCAGUGACACCGCAACAGUUACAAUAACGGUUGAAGAUUAUGACAAUCUAAACCCUUAUUUUGAUCACAGUCUGUAUAAAGCAUCCUUUAAGGAAAACCAGGUAGGACAACUGUCAGACGUCACUCCUGAGGCCAUAAAAGCUCAAGAUGGUGACACGGGCAUCAACCAACCUGUAGUUUACAGAAUAACAGCAGUCGUUCCUAAUGAAUAUCAGAGCAACUUCAAUAUUGAUGAAAGUACUGGGGUCAUCUCAGUGACAUCAGGACUAGACAGAGAGGAAUAUGAGCAGACAACAGUUUACAUACAGGCAACUCAGCAGGAUGAUGCCAGUAAAACAGCGAAUGCUGUGGUUACCAUCACCAUUGAGGACGAGAAUGACAAUUCACCGAAAUUUGACCAGGAUCAAUACACAGUGCCUAUUCCAGAAAAUUCACCACAGGGCCAGUUUGUGCUUCAGACAAUAGUCACUGACCGAGACCUGGGAGGAUUCAGUGGAACACUGCAGAUUAUUCCAGACUCCGUCCCUUUUUCCAUCAACCCUGAUGGAACUAUUCUGGUGAAAAGUUCUGCAGACCUAGACAGAGAGACCACAGAAAGCUUCAGUUUUCAAGUUGAAGCACAAGAAAAGCCUCCUUCCACCAACAAAGCAACAGCAGAAGUGACCAUUGUCCUCCUGGAUGAGAAUGACAACAGUCCACAAUUUACAACUUCCAAGUAUGAGGGCAAAGUUUUCAGCAACCAGACUGUUGGAAUGCAGGUUGUCAAGGUUGAAGCAACAGAUCGGGAUGAAGGUCCAAAUGGGGAAAUCAGCUACUCCAUUGAGUUUGGAAAUGAGAAAGGUCAUUUUGAAAUCAAUGAGAAUGAUGGAGAGAUUACACUAGUUAAAGAAAUCACCCUGGUGGACAAUAAAAUCUUUGAAUUUGCACUCUAUGUGACUGCAAAAGAUGGGGGUACCAUUAGCAGAUCAACUUCUGCGAUGGUGAAUGUCAAGGCACCUGGAGAGUCUCAUCCUCAGUUCCUUCGGGACACCUACCAGGGACAAGUAGAGGAGGAUCAGGCAGAUGCAGACAUCGUGAAGGUUGACUUCCUGUCCCUUGAUCCUAUGGUUUCUGUCAUGUUAAGCGUUGAGAAUGAAACCGACAAGUUCUCCAUAAACCAGGACACAGGUGUUCUCUCGACCAAAGUCAAACUAGACUUUGAGGAGAAGAGCAGCUACACUGUGCAGGUGUCGAUAUCAGAUGGAACUCACCGGGAUGUGGCAUCAGUCCUGGUUGAGGUGCUGGACAUCAAUGACAACAGUCCAGAGUUCGAAAUCCACCCUGCAACUGUCCCAAUACCAGAGGAUCACACGGUGGGAGAUGAUGUAACCUCCGUAACAGCCACUGAUGCCGAUUCAGGGUUUAAUAGUGAAGUGCGCUAUACUCUCAUGGGAGGUGUUGGGAAAUUUAGUAUUGACCAAGAAACAGGAGUGAUAACCCUAGCAGCUCCCCUUGACAGGGAGACCCAAGAUGAGUACCGCUUAGUGAUCACUGCACAAGAUCAGGGUCGCCCGUCACGCUCCACAACCACCACUCUGGACAUCUCCGUGACUGACAUCAACGACAAUGCUCCCAUAUUUUCCAAACAACACUAUGAGACCAAAGUGUCCGAGCAUGCUGAAGUUGGAACAAGUGUCAUUGACAUCAUGGCGACAGACAAAGAUGACGGUGAAAAUGCUAUCGUUACUUAUCACAUCGUCAAACAAGAGCCUUCUUCAACACCAUUUGUCUUUACCAUUGAUGAAGAGUCUGGCUCUAUAAGCCUAGCUGGAAAGCUGGAUUAUGGCGAAGCUAAGCAGUACAGUCUAGAGGUGGAGGGACGAGAUGGAGGAAACCCUGUUCUCAAUGGCAGUACUUUGGUAACUGUGUGGGUUGAGGACGUAAACGAUAAAGCUCCUGUGUUCAGUAAGGACCAGUAUGACAUGUCCAUCUAUGAAAACUCUGCAGGUGGAACUGCUCUGGAAUCUUUGGAAGUUUCAGAUGAGGAUGCGGAUGGAUUCUCUAAAGGUCAGUUUAUCAUGGACAGUGAUACGUUCUUUAUCAGCAAUCAAGGAUUAAUAUCACUCAAGAGCGAUGCCACCUUGGAUAGAGAAACUACAGACAAAUACAAUGUUGAGGUAAUAGCUGUAGACCAGCCUGUUGAUGGUUUAAGCUCCACAGCUCAGGUCACCAUCACUGUUCUGGACGUCAACGACAACAACCCACAAUUCCUUCCUCUCCCAGAGCCCAUAGAGAUUCAGGAAGGUGUGUACACUCCCUCAUCACCUGGAGACGUGUGCUUAAUCUCAGCCACAGACUCCGACAUUGGAGAUAAUGGACGUGUCACCAUGACUCUUUCUUCUUACAGCAAUAUCUUCAGCUUCAAAGAUGAUGGGACUCUACUAGCAAUUGAGGAGCUGGAUCGAGAGACACAAGAUGUUUAUGAUUUGGUCGUUGUUGCUGUGGAUCAUGGGAGCCCACAGGGAACUAACAUCACCACAGUGAGGGUCAGUAUCACAGACAUCAAUGACAAUGCUCCAGUCUUCAGCUCUGACACCUACAGCAGAAGCGUUGUGGUUAAAGACGCCAAGGUUGGAGAAGUGCUGCUGACGCUCUCUGCCACAGAUAAAGAUGCCGGAUCAAACGCAAUCAUUAGCUACAGUUUCUCUGAAGCGUCUUCCAUGGUUGCACUGGAUGCUGAAACAGGAGACAUCACUUUGACCUCUGACCUAAGUGAGGUCAUAGAAGACACGCUACUAACCCUUACUGCUACAGCGACAGAUCAUGGAACACCAGCACAGUCUGAUGAAGCCGAAGUCUUGAUCUACUUCCAAAUUUCCUCUAUCUCUGAGAGUGUGGCUUUUGAGAACUCCUCCUACAACUUCAAAAUUAAGGAGAAUGAACCUGAGGCCACAAUAGUAGGCAAAGUCAAGGCCUUACCAGGGAGUCCAGUGGUUACAGUCAGCUAUAACAUGAAGACACAUGAGGAUGUCUUCUCUGUGGAUGAGGAAGGAACCAUAAAAGCUCUCAGACCACUGGACAAGGAGGAAGAGGAGUGGAACAUCCUCACAAUAGAGGCCAUAGACUCCAGAACUCCUCCAAACACUGCAGAGACAACGGUGAGUGUUCAGGUUGAGAAUGUAAAUGAGGCUCCUGUGUUUGACACUGAAAUAUACAAGGCAGAAAUUUUCAGUAUCACUCCAUACAAAUUCCCUAUAGUGAAGCUCCAGGCAUCAGACCCUGAUGUUGGCGAGAGCUCAGAUUUGGUGUAUUCACUACUGGAGUCCACAUCUCUGGUGGAAGUGGAGGCAAACACUGGUCAGAUCUAUGUACUGGAUGCAUCUAGUGUUGGCAACGGUCUGUUCACUUUACAAGUUAAAGCCACUGAUAAACAUGGACUGUUCACGACUACAAAACUUGAGUUCACAGUGAAAGAAAGUGAAAGUGACAACGUCGUGGUCCUCUCUUUAAACCAGCCUGUGUUCACAGUGGAGAAGAAGAUACCAGAGAUUGAAGAUUCCAUGAAGACAGCUUUAGGUUUGACUGUGAAAGUCCUCACUGUGAGAGCUCAAGAUGGGAUUGAGAUGCGCACCAUUCUCCGAGAAUCUACAGCCAAGACUUACAUCAGCUUCAUUGCCAUGGACUCCAGUGGUGCUGUCGUCGAAGCCACGGAAGUCAAAGAGAAACUGCAGAGUAAUCACAACACUUUAAAAGUAGAACUGGAGAAAGUGUUUGGUUCCGAUUUGGAGUUCAAAGUGGAGGAUGGUUCUGGAAACAAUUCUGAGGAUUCCAGUCAAGUGGCAGUCAUCGCACUCGGUGUUCUGCUGGCUAUAAGCAUUGUGGGACUUAUAAUUCUGACAACGGUCUUUCUCGUUAGGAAUAAGAAAAUGAAGUACGUGGAUUCUGACAAAGAGAACUUCAAUAUUGGAAGAACCAAUAUCAGAUCAAGUAUUGACAGUAGUUUUCAAUUUUCCAGGUAAAUAUCAUCAUAUUCUCAAAGAGCAGAUGCCGAGAUACACUCACACAUUUUAAAAAAUUUGAGCUCAAAUACAAAAUGUGCAUCAGUUUUGUUCCGAGAUGUUUGACUAAACAGGUUUCUUCUGUUGAUAGGAAAAAAGAAGCCAAAGAGGUAAAGCACUCAAUUCAGAAUUAGAAUUUAGCCAGUAUUGUGGAACUGAAAAACUUGCAUUUACAGAUGCAUAUUACAAAUUUUGUUUUUCAG